AUGGGGAAGGUAUUAGGCACUCCCAUUGUAGUUGAUCAGAGAACUCUUAAUCUAGAGUAUGGUAACUUUGCCUCAGUUUUGGUGGAUGUGGAUUUUGCGAAGCACAUUCCUAGUAGAAUCAAGAUUACAGCUGGGGGACGUACUUUCUGGCAAUAUUUGGAGAUUCCACGGGCUCCAAAAUUCUGUAUGAAGUGCUGCAUUAUUGGGCACAAUGAUGAUGAGUGCAGGAGGCAAACUAAGGGUGAUGAUAACUCUUCAAAGGCUGAUACUACAGCAAAGGGAGAUUCUUCCAAAGGCUGGCAAACUGCUAGGAAUAGGAGGCAGCGUAAAGGAAAGAAUGCUGAGAACUUUCCUGGUGGUGAUAAUGCUUCAAAAGAUGCGGAGCAUGAUGCUUCAAAAAAUGCGGAACAUGAUGGUGUUCUUGCUGUGUUACCAGCGUCUGUAGCUUUAGAGAAAGCAAAGCAGGCGUUAGCUGAGAAAGGAGUAUUAGCUAGUAGGUUACCAGUGGGUGAAAUUGGAACCUCAGCUAAGUCAGUAGGGAGUGGUGAAUUGGCUAGAACUAAUCACUCUAUCACUGAUAAGACUAAUGCUAGCUCUUCUUCUACUCCUUUUGAAACUUCAGGAAGGAAGGGAUGUGAUGUUGUGGUGGACAAUAUUGAGAAUUUGUCUCGCUACAAAGCUAUUAAUGAGAAUGCUUGUGUGCUUUCUCCUAAUAAAUUCAAUGUUUUGUCUGCUGAGUUGGGGUUGGAUUCUGUGCAGCAAUCCAAUGAGCAAAGGGAGGAGAGUUCAGAUGAAGAAAUCACUCCAGAGAAGGCUUCGUCAGGUGUUAGGAGGUCUAAAUGGUCUGACAUACCCGUGGAGCAGCCAAAGAAAUCUAGGAAACCUGUUAGGAUUCGGAUUUCUAAUGAUCAGAAAAGUACUUCUCAACAAAGUACAAAUAAGGAGUCCAAGUCUGAUUCGGAAACUGAGAUCAAUGAUUUGGGAAUUCGAGUUAGAAAGGGAUUCUCCCCAGUUAUACUUAAACGGAACUCUGAUAGGAUUCCUGAUGCUAGUAAUAAUUCAAAGAAUAUAGUUUCUUGA